AUGGAGACAAAAAUAACCAGCUCAUUAAAGUCUGGUCUCUAACAGACUGUCCCAUCUUUUUAUGAAAUGCUGAAAGCUACGCUAACUCAUUAAAUGCCAAGCACCUCUCUCGACUUACUAUCAUAAGAGGAGUUAAAUGAAAGACGUAGAAGAGCAUAAAUGAAUUAAUCUAGAAUGAGCAGUAGCAGCAGUUAAAACUCAAUGAUGGUGACUGAGCUUAGCAAUCAGUUGCAGUAAAGAUACUACAUGAUUUUGAGUUUAAGAACAAGCAACGGAAUGAAGUAUGAUUAUCCUUUUCCUUUGAGUUAUUUAAACCUGUAUGAUGAGCUCAUCUAGACAAAGCAAGCUCUUAUUGAGGAAAUGGAGGAGUUAAAACAUUAGCAAUAAUCUUGUAAACAAGACAUAAUUAAUGAAAACUAAUAGUUGAAGAUAAAGUUUAAUUGGUUGAGAUAAAUGUACGAUCUAGACUAAAAGAAACGAAACACUGAGUCAUAUCUCUAAGAAAUUCAACAUGAAAUACAUAUAAAUCGAACUUAACUACUGUAAAAAGACCAAGGUCUGAAAUAAGAGUUGAAUAAUCUAACUUAAAUACUAUAAGAAGAAUAGUAAAGGAAUAAGUUGGAAUAUAAGAAAUAGAUUAAGACACUUGAACAGCUGCAUCUUGGUAUAGAUGAGUCAGUAAAAGAGUAGAAAAAGAUAAAGUUAAAGAUCAAUUAGACAGAGAAUGAACUACAGAUGUCUAUUAGUAAUCUAGCAACAUUAAGGAAAUAGCAUGGUUAUAAGGAGUCAUAGCAGAGGCAAGUUUAAGAUGAAUUCGAGGGUGGAAUAAGUAUAAGAGAUUCUACUCAGAGUCUACCAUCCAGAGAUAGAUAAACUAUUGAUACUAAGAAAGCCAAUGUUAAAUCUAGAAAUAAUAGCUUUUAGAGUCCAGCUGCUAAAACUAAUUAAUAUCAAUCACAUAACAGCUCUUUCAGCAGUAAUCGAAGUAUCUCUAAAAAAAAGCCCUACUUCGAGUUAAGGGAUCAGCAGAUUCUAGAGACAACAAUAACUUCUCAAUUAGCAAAAGAGAAGUUCAUCAAGGCAGAACAUAAGCAUGUUGAGAUCUUAAAUCAACAUACUGGUACUGGAAAUAAUUCAAGGAAGAACUUGGUCCUAGACGAAGAUAUCGACUUCAACAAUUAAUUGAAUUAAUAAAACACUUAAAUUGAGUACCUUAGACAGGAUAAAAAACAACUUAUCAAUAAGGUCUAAUCUGAGAGAGAUAGACCGCCUAAUAAUAGUUAUAAUAAAUACCAGAAUCAAAUCAAUAACUAAACCUUAAAUCUUGAGAUAAGUCAGCAAAAUCUCAUGAAGCAAUCAAUUGAGUCAUUUGCUUAGGAAUCUUUUAUCUCAGAGAUACCUAAUGGAGACAACAGAUUCCUAAACAACACUCUUAAUCAAUCUUAAAGUGUACAUAAUUUCAGUAUGAUGUAGAGUAACAAGGAAAACAUCCCUAUGAGAAUAACUCUGAGAUAGGAUCAAAACAUCAAUAACAUCUCAGUUCUAACAAACUCCACUCCAACUAACAUAUAGCAGCAGCAAAGUAGGUAUCAAAUACAGAAGCAAUAACUUAUGAACUCAGAUAAUAUGACUUAGUAAAAUAAUUAAUAUAUGGAAUCUCAACACACUUUAUCCAAGGUUUAAUCCCAGCCUAUGUUCAUGCAAUCUUAGCAGCUACCAAAUCUAAGUCAGAGCAUGAACUAUAACAUAAACCCAAAUUAAUCUUCAAUGAUGAUGAACGACAGUCAUAUAUCAUAGUCUCAGACCCCUAAUAUUUACAAAUAGCUUAAAGCUCAAGAGUUAAAUGCCAGCACUGCAGGUAAUAAUGCCAAUGGAUUCAAUGUGAAUGAUAUAGAUCAGAGGUAUAAUAAUUUACUAUCUCUACUCAGAAGUGCUAAGGGAGCACCCACUUAGAAUAAUUGA